CCACCACUCUGGAUGCACCUGGAGUUGGAGAGAAGCUAUGGAACAAUGAGCACCAAGACAUUGGCAUCAGCUUCUAGUCGGCUGUUCCACUAUGGUGUUCUGGAGCCCAAAGAUGAUGUAGAAGAGAUAAUGGGAGACCAAGUGGAAAUUUCCCGAUGUGCGCGUGGGCGGUCAUGGGUAUAGUAGUCGUCUGUUUGUGUGUGACAUGUGAGUCUACUCACCCGGAUGCCAUAGCACUGCGUUUACAGCAUGGAUAGCCUCCAAACAACUCAGCGUUUCGAGAAAUGCCACAGUGAGAUUGCAUCUCUCAUAGGCCACUUGAGAGAGAACGAAAUCUAUAACCAUCUUAGCGAGAAGGUUAGCCGCAGUGCCCAGGAUCAUGAAGAGACAAUGAUGGCUCUUCUCUAUGCAAUCCUCACUGACCCUUCAUCUGCCUCAAAGAGCUACCACACCCUGACGUUGGUGUCACGUGACAGUCUAGGUUUGGUCACCACUCAUACUGAGAGGAUCGUUAUGGAGAAGAUGAUGAAACUACAGGACCACACAAGGAACCAGGUUUUGUGGCUAAUUCGUGCCAUGGUGGAGACUAAAGUGACUGGAGCUGAGAAGCUUGUAUUUGCACUCCUCAAACAAUUACCAGCUGGCUCCACCUCUUCCUCUGCGGUACUCUUGGCGGAGAAUGUCAUGCACUUAGUGCUGGAUAACAAAGAGUGGUUGUUUGAUCAGCCCGGCCUGGCUGGUAGUGUGGUGUACACCUACCUCUCGCUGCUGCCCUGUCUCACAUCGUCCUCUCUGUCUGGACUCAGGGAGCAGGCUGCACACAUGACCACUGACCUCAUCAGAACCAGGUUUGACGAGUGCCUCACUAUUGGCAGGGACCUGGUCAGACUACUGCAAAUGCUAGCAAGAGUACCCGAGAUCACAGAGCUGUGGAAGGACCUCAUCUUGAACCCGCAGAAAAUAAAUCCGCAGUUUACAGGUCUUAAGGUGUUGUUGUCACGGAGAACAUCACGACGGUUCGUAGCCGGAAGAAUCUUGGUAGAUGCUGAGAUCAAGCUCAACUUUUUACUUUCCAAGGUGAAGUUUGGCCAGCACACCAAAUACCAGGAGUGGUUUCAGAAGAAGUAUCUGUCCACUCCCGAGUCACUCUACCUCAUUCCGGAAUUGAUACGCUUCAUUUGCUGUGUGAUUCAUCCAACCAAUGAGAUUCUAGCCUCGGACGUGGUGCCUCGAUGGGCCGUGGUUGGCUGGCUACUAUCUCUAGCACAGUCUGACCAUGUGCUGUUCGGCUACUCCAAACUCUCUCUGUUCUUUGACUGGCUGGCCUACCAACUCGACUCUGACAAUAUCAUGAAUAUUGAACCGGCAAUCCUGCUGAUGCACCAUUCCCUACGGUCCCACCCCCAACUCACCGCCACCCUUCUAGAUUUCAUCUGUAGGCAAGCUUCUCACUACCAUCCUGAUCUGACUGAGGUGGUCAGUGAGGGCAUCAAAAAUGCCUUCAGAGAUAUCCUUCAGAAAGGAGUGUUACUGUCAUUGGACCCUCUGUUUGAGAGUUCACGUCUUGACGACAACCUGAGGGCGUUAGUGAGGGAGACAUUCCCGGAGCUGUGUCAUCAAGAAGCUGAGACAGCGAUUGAGGCCAUCGUAACUAGCACCUCCGACUCUCCUCCACCUCCCCCACCUCGUCUAGCAUCACACGAAAUGAGUGGGCCUGUGGAGAGUGUAGACCGCCCCCCUCUGGUGAUUAUUGCAAGUGAGGAGGAGCUGGGGGGAGAGGACGCAGAGAUCACCGGAGCAUUCUCGGACCAAGAAGAUGAGGGUGAGGGGGGUAGUCUGGGAUUUGUGUCUCUGACCCCCCAGAUGAUGGAGGAGCGUAGCAGUGGGAGGUCCUCAUCAAUGGGCCCCUGGGGGUCACUGGAAGGAAUCCCCCUGCCCAUUAAAGACAAGCUGUUGGCUAUGAGAGAACUCAGUGAAGGGACAAGUCAAACAGCUGCACUGGAGGAGUUGCUGUCACUGCUAAACACUGCAUGUCACGAGGAUAAUAUUGUUGAGGAUGAACUGUUAUUAUCGGUAGCCCCCCCACUGGCCGACCUGCUCUCCCCUGCAGAGGAGACCCCCCACCAGGACGCCAUGACUACCUGUCUGUUCAGGCACCUUGCGUCCACUCCUCCCACACCCUCCCUCGUAUCACUAGCUGCACACCUCCGCUCCCAACACUCUGUGCUCGGCUACCAAUUCAUCACCUACCUUGCCGAUACUAAACCUCAUCAUCUCUCACCUUACAAAGAGCUAGCCACUAGAAUUAACAAGAACAACUUUGUGGCCGUGCUUGUGAAGGACAUGAAGGAGUGUGUAGAGGCCGACUCCGCCUUGUUCUACCGUCUCCUGCCUCUAGUCUACAAGCAGUUCUUUAGAGACCUUUCCACUAACCACGAGAUGCUCAAUACUGCAGUGGCCAACAUUGACCCAGCACAGCUGCAAACUCUCAUGCAUAAGCUGGCGAUGAAAGAGUUUCAAAUAUUCGGCAAACAGACCAGCUCCAUCAAGAAAAUGAUCGAUGUGAGCACCAAGUGGGACUCGUUUGAGCAAUUCUGUGUUUGGCAGCUGGUCUGUGCCGAGGGUCCGGACCCCCAGUCAGUUAUACCAGCUCUCACCGACCUCAACCCUCAAGAUCACCCUGAGGCAAUGUCCAGUGCAAUGGUGUUUCUGAGAACUGAAUCAACGACUUAUCAUGUGACAGGUGCCCUCCUCUCUCUGCCCCCCUCCCUUUCGGACCUCAUAGACGCCGUGUGUGUGCGCUGGAUUAGCGGACGACCUGUCAAGUACGGGAAACUCAUCUCACAGUUCUUGGAGGAGAUUACAAAGUACCAAAAGACAAGUCCAUCCCAGUCUCCAGUACUCUGUUGUGCCCUCUCUCAUCUGCAGCGGCUGCUCAAAGCUCUCCCCUCAACUCAAGUGCUGGAAGCCACGGAUAUGAUGCUUGCUCGCACACUAUCAUCUCUGUUCUCUCAAGACUCGGAGUUGUCCAGCAAAUUUGUGGAUUUAAGUUCAACUGUGAGUACUAUGAUGGACUCAGGCUCAAAGUUGGAAAGUGGUACUAAGAUUGAAUCCGGAAAAAGGAGUAAACAUGGAGGUGAACCAAAAUCAAAAAAGAGGAAGAUGUAAAACUGUUUUAACUGCAUGGUGUAUAAUUAUAAUUGACCUAGAUGUAUUAUUAUAAUUAUUUUUUGCCAUCGGAUUAAUUUUCACUGCACGCCUCACUUUACUAAGAAAUUCACUAGACAG